AUGGAGGAACCUCUAGUAAGGGGCGUGGCAAGUAUUUCCAUCUUAGAGGUCAAAGCUUCAAGAGAGGAGGAUAUGCGCCUCAAGGGCAAGGAGGCUUCAGAAAGAACACUCAUGACCAUUUUUAGCGUGGCAAAGGAAGAAGAUAUCAGAGUGGUUGCUACAACAUGUGGAAAGAACCCAAAUGCGGGUCAAGGUCAACACCAGGGGCGAGUCUUUGCUGUGAAUACCAAGGAUACUUCCAAGGUGGAUCCUUUGAUGAGAGGUAUAUGUUUUAUUGGUGAUAAAAUAAUAAUUGCAUUAUAUGAUACUGGGGCUUCGCAUUCAUUUGUUUCGUUUGCUAAAGUUGAGGAAUUAAGCUUGAAAGUGUCAGGGUUACCAUUUGAUUUGCAUGUACAUACUCUGCAUCAGACGGUUAUAACUAGGUCAGGUUGUAGGCAAGUAGAAUUUAAGCUUGAAGGUAGAGACUUUGUGCAUGAUUUGAUUUGUUUACCAAUGGUUGGGUUGGAGAUGAUUUUUGGAUUUGAUUGGUUAUCGAAGAACCGGGUUUUGUUGGAUUGUUUUGGACGGACAAUUCAGUUUAUGCCGAAAGGAGAAAAUGGAGUAGUGAUAGUUGAAGGUUACUACAUGAACUCGGUAAUGGUGCACUGUAGUAGGGAAGAGUGUCAGGGUUACAUCUUGUUAACUACUAAUGCUUCGGACGAUGUCCAGCACUUAGAUCAGAUUCCAGUGGUUAGAGAGUUUUCAGAAGUGUUUCCGGAGGAUAUUCUUGAAUUCCCACCUCAAAGGGAGAUUGAAUUUGCGAUUGAAUUGGUGCCGGGAGCCGGACCAAUGUCAAUUUCACCUUAUAGGGUGGCUUCGAUAGAGCUGGCCAAGUUAAAGACUCAGUUUAAAGAGUUUCUAAACAAGAGGUUCAUUCGACUGAGUAUAAGGGUAAAUGAGGAUGACAUCCCUAAGACUGUAACGUGUGGAAAAUUUCCGAUUAAGAAUUUAUAA